UCCUCGGUUGGUACGGGCGGAACAUUACCCUCCAGGAAUGCUGGCGUGAACCAUGACGUGCGAGAAGAGUUAUCGGGCAGCGCGACCGAUGUGCCGAGGCGGGCCUGUCCCCAGCAUCCAAGCUAUCUUCUGUUUGCCGAAACGCACGACGAGAGAUAAACGCCCAACUUUGGUCAGUUCUUUCAUAUAAGUCGCAUCACGCUCCAUGGCCACCCUUCAUUGAGUCGUGCAUGAUCGGUGAAGGAUAUCAAGGCUUUGAGUUUGCAGGUGAUACCGGACGACGGACGGCCCUGGUGGCGACGUGUAUAAGAGACGUGAGCAAAAAUGCGCCAGCUGCUACUGCUGCUGGCCUGUGUGAUAGGGGGUGUGCUGUGUAUGACCAUCGAUCAUCACCGGUACUACUACUCCCGGCAGCCCGCACUGUUCCGAUUGCUGCGCAAGUAUAACCUGUGGCCGAGAAAUGAAACGUCAGAGUAUCAGCGGCCGGCACCGGAUUUAAGCGUGCCGACGCCGUUCAUUUACGGAGGCGAGAGUGUUUCGAUCGAAAGCUUCCCGUACCAGCUGUCGCUGCGUCUCGAGGGAACGCACAUUUGUGGUGCCUCGGUGAUCGCCGAACGAUGGGCACUGAGUGCGGCACACUGUCUGGAUGAGGCAAUGUACGCUUCUGCUAUUACGUUUCGUGGCGGAACUCCGCAUCGAUUGGCCGGUGGAUACAUCUUCCACGCGGAUCAAUACUUCCUACAUCCAAAGUUUGACCGAGCCAUACUGGACUACGACGUGUCGGUGACGCACGUGAAGGAAAGUUUCUUGAUCGAUCCGAUACGCCCGGUUAGCUUGGGCAACACCUACACGGUAUAUCCGAUUCCUUCAGUCGCUGUCGUGUCCGGUUGGGGGACGGCCGAUGCGGACGGAUACACCCCCCUGAUACUGCAAUCGCUAAACGUGUACAUGCAGCAGCAGCAUUACUGUUGGACCUCGUGGAUAGAGAAUUACACCGACCGCAUGAUAUGUGCCAGCGGUGGUGACUACGGGAAGGAAAUCUGCCACGGUGACAGUGGCGGACCGCUCGUGCUAAACGGAGUGCAAAUAGGAAUAGUGUCGUUUGGCUCGGAUGUCUGCGCCCUCAACAUUCCGGGCAUUUACACCUCGCUCCAGCACGAUGAAGUACGUGCGUUCGUUAAGAUGUACGCUAACGUGUAGGAGGGGACUUUCUCCCGGGAGUCUGCGUUUGCAAAUAAAUUACACCUUACAAAAUAGA